AUGUAAAACACUACAUAGAUGGAAGAAUUGGAUGAGAUAGGUGAAUCGAUAAUAUCUGAAGUGAUUUAGAGGGUUAAGAGCAACUUCACUAAAUUCGAAAAAUUCAUGCAGAAUUACAAAAACAAACAGGUUAUUCUGUUAUGUGGAAUCACAGGGGCUGGAAAGAGCAGCAUCUAUAAUUGGAUUUUAGGAGCUGGUUUCUAGAUAGUAGAAAAGGAUGGAAUAGGAUAUUUGUAACCUACUCAUACCAAUGACUAAAUGUACAUCUCUAAAAUGGGAACAAGUUCAACAUCAGUUACUUAAACUACAAUUUAUGAUUUUAUUGUAGAACUGGAUCAUGUUCUUGUUGAUUUACCUGGAUUUGAAAGCACCAUUGACAUUUACCAUAAGUUAUUUAUUGAUUUGCUCUUUCAGAAAAUAACAACAUCAUACAAAACUAAAAUAGUGUAUGUAUUAGACAGUCCAUAAAGAGAGUUGCAGAAUAGAGGAAAGGAUUUGAUUCAAUUCAUCAAUUAAUAAAUUGGGCAGAAUCCACAUAAUAUAUAAAACAUUUCUCUGAUCAUUAAUAAAUACUCCGAAGAUGAUGCUGAUGAUGUACAAAUUAAAAGAAUUAAAGAACAAUUGGAAGGAAGAUCUGAAUUCAAAUAAGGAAUGCUCAAGAAGAUUUACAUUAUACGUAGAAUAAAAAACAACGAAAUGAUUUAAGUCGUAUUCUCAACGCAGGCUAAAAAGAGUCUGAUCCUCAGUUUGAAUCAAUCUGAAGCGAUUACUCUGCAGAAUUAACAAGUACCAUAAUUAUCAAGUGGUGAGAUCAUAAAUAACUAUUUAAUGUAAAAGAGCACAUUCUAUUUUAAGAGACUUAAAGAAAUGUUCAAAUAAAUAAAGACGAUGAUAGAACAAAGGCAUAAUUUUUAACUCAUCCCAAGUAAACAACAAGACUCCAGUCCUAACUCAUGCGUACCAGACACUAUUGCAGGCUUGUAUAUAUUAUAUAGCCAUAUGAUUACCAAUGAGACAACUGGAUUAAAUGAUGAUGAUGACUUCCAGAAUUUUAAGAAGAUCUAUACAUAUUUUUUGCCGUAUGGACAACACUUAUCAUGUUUUUCUUGUAUGAGUGAUUAUGAAGACGGAGAAGUUACAAGAUUCAAUAGUGUUAUUGAUCAUUUAUCAUAAAAUUCAAACUCUCAACGACAAAUGACAGAUUAAAUUUAAAGAGUAUAGCAAUAAACAAGUGUAGAAUAACUUUAGAGUGUGUAAGCUCCAGAAUAACCAAAGAAUAAAUGGAUAAACAUAAUUGGCGAUAUAUUUUCAGUUAUUGUAAUUGUCUUUGGCAAAGUUUAUUGUAUCUAUACUGAUAUUAAGAAGUUAUGA